AUGCCUGCUUCAGCACCGCAGAAACAACACGUAAAACUAACACUACCUCGUGUUGCAGAGCCUUCAACAGCGCCUGCUGGACCAAUUGAAGCUCCCAAGAAGAUUCCUCCACCAGUGCCGCUUCCCCUGCUUACCAUCAGUCCAGACUCCGGUGGUAAGGAAACCAGAUUGGCUGGCAAAGGUGAACCACCAACGCAGGCUUUACGACAUAAGCGACGGCAACAACAGAAGACCAGUCUUCUACCUUCACGAGAUGUAUACGAAAACUGGGAAUCGAACUUUCCUCCUUCUCUGCGGCGCUUCAACUCUUCUAGCAAAUACCAGACCGAUCUUUCAGACCCAAGUAACAGUGACCCACCUUCAUGUACGAACACUGCUCCUGUACUGGUACCUCACAAGCACGUACAUGCCACAUUGCGAGCGAAGGAACCGCUGGCUAGUAUCCAUCAGGUUAGCAAGAAAUCGAACUCUACGGCUUCGUCAGCGAUUUGUAGUGGGAUUUCAAGUUCACCAGGAGGCAACCAAUGCAAUAAAGACGAACUGAGAGAAGAGCAAGAAAGUGGCGAAGACGACGACGCAAGUUGGACACUCGGCUACGACGACCCAGAUGUGGCCGCGAAAAGUAUGGCAGGCCUCAUCCAGGCGCUCUCAACCUUUGCAGCAGGUGGCAAACAUUCGAAAGGGUUAAAAGGUGGAAAGAGCAAGAAGCGGCGUGCAAAGUUGCCACAACAGCAGCAAAAGGCGCAGCUCCUGCAACGACAAAUAUUACUACAGACCCCCCAAUCGCGAAGGCCUCCACCGCUUGAAGAUAACUAUGACAAGUCGAGCCAAUUUCACAUCAAUCGAAGGCAACAAGAACCAGGCAAAGCUACGAGGAGACGGAAGCAUCGAAGAGUUCGCAACAGACACUCAAAUGAUGAAACAAAGUUGUAA